AUGUAUUUUUUAUUUUAUGCCUGGCUCAAUUAUCCAUCUAAUAUCAUUGGCUGUCUUCCGCCUGCUAGUUCUGAUACCAAUAAUGAGUCAAUUCGAUCUUCUUCGCAGGAGCGCCAUUCCAUAGGUCUUUCCAAAUUAUUUAGUCCUUUAGCCGAACUCUUCAAGCGCCUAACCUUAGCCAGUCCCCUCAAAUGGAGUCUAAUGGACACUCCGCCAUGCAACCGUCUUACACUUUGUCUCAUACCACCCGCCAAUGUUUGUGACCCUCAUAACAUUUGCCACUCACAACAAGCCAUCUCUGGGGCUCCAGCUGCUGACUCUAGCCCUCCAAGUUUAUGUAAACUAUCUGCUCUCAGUACGAUAGAUAAUUGGGUAGAAACAACACCUCUGCAUCGAAGCUCAACUGGUUCAUCAAUCCCUAGAACAGUGAUUGUCGGAUCGGAUGGGUCGCUUUCUUCAUCGACACCAGAUUGUAUUUCCAUUUUAGUCAACUCGCGAUCUCAGCCGUCAGCUGUGACCGGACACCUAACCGGUCUAGCAUCUGACGACGUGGACAUUUGGCGUGCACUGCCUGGUGUAGAUAAGCCAGUAGCUCAAGCUACGGCCUAUCUCCUUGCCGGACUGAGACUAACCCGUUGUUUUGGCAUACUUGAGUCAGAAACAUUGGGUUCGUUAACUUGUGAACUAGCUGAUACGACCGAGCCAGAAAAAAUUCCUCUCCCCACCAAGUUUGCCGACUUAGCUCUGUUCAUCUGUCUGACUGAGGAUUUGAGGCCACUCAUUCGCCUAUCUUCGGUGCCGAGUUCUUCAUUUCCUCUUCUGAAUGCUUGGAUAUUGGAUAUUGAGCGAUCGCAUGGCCAAGAAUUCCAGAGUCAUCUCCGGUAG